AUGGCUCCGACAACACCAGUCACUCGUUUCGUUUCCUUUUUCCUUUUUGCACUUGUUGCACUCCUAUGCAUCUACCAUGGCACUCAGUCCGAUAAUCUCCGCCUUACCACCUAUGCUAAGCGAUCAUUGCCUGAUGAUGCCACCAUUCAUCCCCGGCUGAACCUUAGUACUGAGCUUCAUCUCCUAUCAAAGCGUGCCGCUCCUAAGAACAGAGCUGAGGCAGUGGAGAAAGGCAGAGGAUAUAUGUGCCAGUUAGAGGAUAUAGAACCCAUCGAUUUACCUUCCGAGCUCACGGAUUUUGAAACGCUCAACAGGGAUUGGUCUCGUGAGCCUUAUGGAGUGAGCAACGGCAACCCUACUGAUACAGGGUCAGUAAUUCCAGUGGCCAUGGCGGCAAAAGGUCUGCCCAUUAAUAUUGGAGAUCGAGGUCUGGAGGGGUUUAUCUAUCACCAGGCUGAGUCAUAUACAGUUGGUGGCUCAACAUAUAGGCCUACACAUGCUUGGUACAGGGCCACUAUAAGCACCCAGGCGGGCUACAUUUCCGCGGAAGAAAAUAUAAGUCCAGCCUAUAUUAUUGCUAAGGAUAAGAUGACACAGCCGCCUCCAACCAUGGCUAGGCUAUCUGACGUUUACUUUUUACUCUGGAAGGAAGCGGCAGGCAAGUCAGAGACCAAAUUGAGAAAUAUCAAAUAUUUUGUCCGCCACCAUGUGAUUAACGACGCCUCUUUGGAUGUUGCUCUGGAGGUGGCCAGUGGAAAACCUCUUCCUCCCAGAAAGAAAGAGGAGCCUAGAGACACGAGCAUGGUGGAAGAAUGGCCGGGUAAAUCCUAUGACAUGUCUACUGACGAUGGUAAAGCGAUUUUAGGGACUCCCAAUGGUGCCGGUGUAGCCCGUUUCCUCAUGGACCACAAGUUAGAAUUGGGAGUGAAGGCCCCCAGCAAGGUGACGGUAUUCAAGACUACUGGACACACAAAUGCCGACACCAACCAGCCAGAGGACUGGGUCCAUUUCCUAUUCGAAAUCAGCCCUGUUCACAAAAAGAAACGGAGGGGAAGGAAGUAA